AUGAGCCUCUCAUCCUCAACUCACCUUCCCUCGUUCCCUAAUCCAAUUAUUCUCCGCCACCACCACCACCGGCGCCACCACCUACACGCGCCUGCCACCAACCGUCCGUCUCUCUCUCUUUCACCUACUGCCUUAACUUUCCCACGCAGUGAUUUCCUCCUCCUCUAUCCUCACCGCUCCUACUGGGCCCGCCCCACGUGUGGAGCCGCCGCCGGUAUCGGCGACUUGUUGCAUGACGCUGGAGCCACUACGAUUGUACUCGCCGGUGCUUACGGUCUUGUUCUCGGUUUCGAUACUCUCACUCAACGAAACGUCGUCCAACAGAGUUUGAGCCGAAAAUUGGUUCAUAUACUGUCAGGGUUGCUAUUCAUGGUUUCGUUGCCAAUUUUCAGCACGUCAACGGGGGCUCGCUAUUUUGCCUCUUUGGUACCUCUUGUAAAUUGCUUCAGACUUCUCGUUCAUGGCCUCUCAUUGGUUAGGAAUGAAGGACUCAUAAAAUCUGUUACCCGAGAAGGGAACCCAGAGGAGUUGCUUAAGGGGCCUUUAUAUUACGUUCUGAUGUUAAUUCUCUGUGCUGUCCUCUUUUGGCGCGACUCUCCAGUCGGGGUGAUCUCAGUGUCAAUGAUGUGUGCCGGGGAUGGUGUUGCCGACAUCAUGGGAAGAAAAUUUGGAUCCGCAAAGAUCUUCUAUAAUAAAAAGAAGAGUUGGGCUGGUAGUAUAUCCAUGUUUGUUUUCGGGUUCUUUGCUUCUGUUGGGAUGCUGUACUACUACUCAGUUUUGGGAUAUUUCCAACUGGAUUGGGAAUCGACGAUGCAAAGAGUAGCUUUAGUCUCAUUGGUUGCAACCAUCAUUGAGUCCUUACCGAUAACAGAUGUAUUAGAUGACAACAUAUCUGUUCCUUUGGCGAGCAUGGUGGCAUCAUAUUUGAGUUUUGGUUAGCUUGUAGCAAAUGUUCUCUUUCACUGCCAACAUUUUUUUUUUUUUUUGGUUUUCUUUUAGUCCAUGAAUUAAAACCCAGUAGUCAUAAUGUAUUCUACGAACGAAUCCCUCGUUGUAAAUUGUCCGAAGCGUCUUGCAAAUCAUUGUUUCGGUGUCAAUACACAGAAACUUGUUAAAACUGGUUAAAAUGCUCCCUUUUGGGUUUAUUUAGUUUACAGAUUUAUUGUAUUGAUUUUGAAUUCA